CUAGAGUCUGAAAACUGUUGUCUUUUUUUUUUUUUUUUACAAACGGUGGACUGCCCCCCUCAACUUCACGCUCUUCCUAGCGCUGAAUGUAGCUUAAUCAUUCUGCGUGCCGACCUGACGCUGGUCAACUUUUCUUAGAGAGACUCCACAAGCAAAUUAUCUUAGUGGCAGUGGGCUGUUUUAUCUGUUUAUGUCAUUGCAUUUUUAAUCAAGGAGGUAGACUUUUCAACGGACAUACCCCGUUGGAGAGAAACUUGAUUCUGUUGACGAGUCUAUAGCCCACUGCCAGGACUUUCAUCAAGUAGAGAAGUCUUUAGGCUUUAACUCCUUAUCAUCACCACUCGAAGGUGUUUGUAAGGAGCGUAAUCUAUCUGAUGGCCGAAGCUAGACGCGAGGAAGAAGACGACUUGAAAGAUGCCAGUGUUCUCCGCAAUCGAAAUCAAGCAGCAGAUCGAUCAGAAAGGAAUAAGCCUGACCACAUCCAGCCAAGCUCAAGACCACUGGCUUCCAUACGAGCUGCCUUCAAAAGGACUUCAGGGAGAACCCCUUCCCAGAGUGACCACACGAGAGACAGAAGGCGGCCAGAGAUAACCAUCCUGUCUGCUGAGCCUUUGGCCUCCACCUCCUGGUUCCCCGGGGCGUCUGGGGCGUUCGCACCUGCUCUUCCCUCUACUCAGCCUGUCUGGGGUGCUAGCAUCUCAGUGGCUGCCAAGCCCCCACCAUCCUAUGAUCAGGUCAUCAAGGAGAAAACACAGGUGCAGGUUGAAACACCAGUACCACCCCCCCGUCGAUCCCACACCACGACAAUUGCCACACAGACGGACACUGUGGUGAACUCACCUGACCCAGAAUGCAAACCCCCCACACAGCCCAGCAGCUGUGAAGGAUCAAAGUUGAAAAGGCCUCCAAAACCUCCACGCCCAUCGUUUCCUGUGAAGCCACAGCAGGCACCAAGGGAGAGCUCACUGCUAACAGCUGAACCCGCUGCCAAUCGAAAAGAAACAAAAAGCACACACACAGAGGAUAUUGGUAGUGCAAAUACUGUUCACCCAAAUACCACUGAACACCCAGAUCAGUCACCAGCAGCAUCCAAGUCCUGUAGCUUGGAAUUAGAGCCCUCUGAACAUUGUAGCAUUUCUGACAACACUGUCCCUGACUCGUCCAACCCUGACCCCUCUCAAUCAUCCUCUGAUUCCCCCCGGACACAGGCACCUCGGCCUGUUCCACGCCCUCGCACAAUACCUAGUAAACCUGUCAGCACAGAGGUCAAGGUUCAAACUCUAGUCCGUCUAAAAGAUGGUGGGGAUGUUCUCCAGUUGAUCCCUGAAAGUAGCAGAGACUCUCCUCCUAACCCCUAUCUCAAGGAGCUGCUAGAGGCCUUCGGCCCGGACGCUCCCGCUCACUCCAGUGACUCUGAGGGCGCCCACAGUGAGCUAAGUGACGAGAGUGGAGACGAGUCUGUUGACAUGAGUAUUCGUAAUAAAAUCAAGGCCUUUGAGACCCAGGUCAGCACAGAUGACCAUGUCAAUACUCCUGGCCCUACUCCAAAGCCCCGCAUCCAGAACAAACCCCCUAUGGUGGCACUUAAGCCAGUAUUAGCACCCCGACUCUCAGUUAAGAGACAAACAGAUGAGAACCACAAUGACAAUGGAAACGAGAAGACCAGUCUUGCUCCCAAAUUGGCCCCUACUCCAGCUCUACGGCCUGUGCCUCCCAAGAAGCCCUCUAUUGAUCAGAUGGAAGAGCCUGUAGCGCCCACACCGAAGAUGGCCCUCCUUCCGCCCUCACGUCCUUCUUUGCGGAAUAAACCCGAAAGCUUUCCUCCUCAGGAGGAGACACCCACGGCUAAAGCUCCCCCACCUGUUCGGACCAAGCCCACCCGAGAGCUGCUUAACAACAACAACCAUAAUUCAACCGGCCUUUCCUCAGCUAACAGGUGGUCCACAGAAUGGCCCGACCUUCAGUCCUCCAGCAAACAGGAGAAUGAGUCUGCAAAUGACCCUAUACCAGUCACAGCCAACUUCAAAGAUGCUGCAGUUCCUGCUCCCCCCAAACCAAUCCAAAGAGCAGGGGGGUCCUUCAGCCGUGGAGGAGUCUCUCGCAAGCCUACAAUGAUCCGGGUUCCAAGUAUAUCUGCCAAGUCCGCAGACGAUUCCCAGGAUGACCCACCACCUCUUCCCGUUCAGAAGCCUGUUGGAGGACCUCCACCAUCCACCCAGAAGAACAGCUUCAGAUCACAGGAGUCCUUCAGUCGGUCAUCUCCUGACCUCUCCCUCCCUCCAAGGCCAACUGGAGGCAAGGUACUGCCACCUCGUCCCCCUCCAGCUAAAGCUGGCCCAGGCAGACCGCCUCCUCCCAGAAAAGAGGCAUCUCAGCCUCCUGCCUCCGUCUCUUCAGUGGCCAAAGGGGCAUCGCCCAACCUAGGCCAACAUCAGGCGCAGAGGUCAUCCAAACCAUCUAAAAAAGGACCCGCUCUACCCCCAAGACCGAAGCCAGGACACCGACUCUACAACAAAUACACACUUGAGAUCCCUCAUGCCAUUGCUGAGUUUGAUUGCAACGGAACUAAGCCAGGAGAGCUCUCCUUUCAGAAAAAUGAGGUCCUGGUCUUGCUGGAUCAGAUAGACAGUAAAACCUUUGAGUGUCAGGCUGGAGGUGUGAGCGGACGUGUGCAGACGUCUUACAUGAAGAUCAUCACUCCACUCACUGCUUACUCACAGCAUGAAACUCCACUGAAUACCCAGCCAGAGCCCUCAGGAAAUGGUGGAAUGCAGGUUCAGGUCCUCUAUGACUUCAUCCCAGAGGGCCAAGGGGAGCUGUGUCUGAUGGCAGGUGAUGUGGUGUGUGAGGUAGAGCAGCUGGACAGUGAAUGGUAUCUGGGCACCGUCAGAGGAGCCAGAGGCUUCUUCCCCAUCAACUAUGUUAAAGUGAUGUCAACUGCACCCACAACCGUUGCCAAAGCUUUGCCGGAAGCACUCAGCAGUGGACCACGAUGUAUGGCGCGAUUCAGCUUUGAAGCGGAGCGCGAUGACGAGCUGAUGUUCUCUGAAGGAGAUGUGAUCCAGCUGCAGGAGUACAUUGGGGAGGAGUGGGCACGGGGGAAACUGGGCACCAGUGUGGGCAUCUUCCCAAUUAACUUUGUGGACAUCAUAGAACACCUGCCAUCAGACGCUGGCCAGACCAAGAUAGCUCUGCCUGGAAUGGUGUCCUCUCAAUACAUGUCCUCAAAACCAAGUCAGUCAGAAUCUGAGCAGAGUGAGUGGGCAGAAGACCUGCCACCUCAAAGGGCAUCAGACGCUGGUCAGACCAAGAUAGCUCUGCCUGGCAUGGUGUCCUCUCAUAAACCAAAACCAAGUCAGUCAGAAUCUGAGCAGGGUGAGUGGGCAGAGGCCUUGUAUGACUACACGGCUGAGGCGGAUGAUGAUCUUCCCCUCCGGCAGGGUGACCGUAUCCUGAUCACAGCACACAUCGAUGAGGAAUGGUGCAGUGGCCGUGCCAACGGCAGAGAGGGCGUCUUCCCCAGAACAUUUGUACAAUUCAGCUGAAGUCAGUUACUUAGACAGAUAGAGAGCCAGUAUUUUGUGCCUGUUUUGAGUGACAUCAGCGUCUGUUCUCCUGAGUCACAGAAACAGACGUUGCCUCAGCCUGGCCUUGGUACGCUUGCUGUCAGCACAAUUCCCAGCCACUUCAGCCACUUUUUUUCUCAGCCUACUGUUUCUGAUCUAUUACUUGGAGGAAGGAAGAAACUGCCUCAUUGCCUCAGCUGAAGGACCAUUACCUGGGUGAACAGAAGGGGAAAUUGGCUUCAGUGGCUGUAGCAAUGCUGGUCCACUGUAUUUUCUGGAACAAUCAUAAAUAAUCUAAAAGUUCUCCAUUAUAAACAACCUGAUCUAUGGCAAUGAAUGAGGUUGAUCUUCUUCAUUGGUGUGAAAAUCUGUAUUUGCUUUCACCUACAUUAUUUCUCACAAGCAGAGGAUCAAGUCUGUCUCCAACUUCUUUUGCAAAUGUUUUUUUCCCCCCUGUAUUUUGUUUACGAAUAAUGUAUUUAUAUCCAUGUAAAAUCAUUGUUAUUGGAUACUGAUGUCAUUCCAGCACAUUAAUCUGUCAGGAUUAAUUGCUGUAGUGAACAGUAUUGACAUGAAUAAAACUAUUUUCUAAUGA